AUGCACGCCAAAGAGGUCUGGAGCGCGCUGCUCCGUGCCGCAGAGUGCGCUACGAGGAAAGUUAGUGGCGAAGCAGAUACUGCUAUAGAGACCGCCGUUGCGAAUGAACUGUUACGCUACCCGCACCUGAGCAGCGAAGAAGCCACGUUUGUCCGCAACUGCGCCUUCAGCCUUGUGAGGUUUUCGACUCUAUGCGAAGGCGCCUUCCAGGGCUAUCGAGACUGCUACAAGCGCAACGGCGCCUACAGGCCAUCCAUGUAUCUCGUUGCGUAUCUCCUAAUUUUCCAGUACCGCGCGCUUGGCGGCGCGACUGUUCGUGAGAUGUUCGAGGGUAGCAUGCCGACGACUCGCCUGUGCGAGUUUGUGGAGUUUCUCUUACUCAGCGAGUCUGUGUCGCGCUAUGCAGUUCCACUGUGGCGCGCCGUCUACGAUGACUCUUUCAUUCAACUCCAUGUUCUAGCCCUCCUCUCCUCUGUCGCCACGGACGUGACACAUGACGUCUUGGAGUGGUUUCGCGGACAGCCAUCCCAGCCGGCGGUAGCAGAGGAGUGCCCUGCGGCGGAGAUGGCUGGUGCUCUAGCCACCACCCGCCUCGCCCUUCCUCCCUCUUUGUCUGCGGCUUCUCCGCUACCGGUGCUGCGGUCGCUGGCUGACGCGCGUUUGCCCCCGCACGAGGUGCGUGAAAUGGCUUUUACAGUACCUGAGCCGCGUCUGCCGCGCAUUAAGUCCAGCCCUUCCCCUCCGCACAUCGUGCUUAAGAGGGCUCCAACAACCCCUGUUGGCUUCUCCUUUCAUCAUCGCGAAGGCACCGUUUCUGCUACCUACUCUGAAAAAGCGGCGGAGUGUUCCACCAGCGCUAAUCGAAACACGGCACAGAAGGGAGCGCAUCUGACACCUGCGCAGCUGCGCACCAUGCUGUCCACAUCGAAGUCAGUGCCCACCACCGCGGCGGCACUCCGGCGAGAGAGGUGCGCGCGAGAGCGUCUGCGGGACAACGCAGAGAAGGCUCUGCGGGAGCUGGAGGUGGCGGUGCACGAUGCGACGGAGUUCGACCUGUGGCGGCAGGCUCAACUGGAAGAGAUGGAGCGGCAGCGCGAGAUGGAGGUAGCGCAGCGUCACCUCGACAGUGUUGAUGCCGAGGACCGAGUACGGGCUCAACGUGAGCGGACGACGCAGGCGCGCCGUCAAGAAAUUCAGAAGGUGAAAGCACAGUACCAGGCCGAAGUGGCGGCUAAUAGACAGGAGCAGGAACACGUGCUGCGUCAGCACGAGCAGCAUGUCCAGCAGCUGCGCAGGAAGCUUUCACGUGACUGCGCUGCUGCAGUCGAGAAGGCGGCGGCGAAAAAAAGCGCUAUGGCGGCUCAGGUGAAGGAGGAGUCGGAGCAGCUACGCACUGCUGCACAGGGAGUGGAGGAGCAGCGACAGGCGCAUCAGGUCUUGGUGAUUCAGGAGGUACAUCAGCUGCGCGAACGUUUGCGGGAGAAGCAAGCAGCGAUGGGAGCUGAGAGGCGCCGAGCGUGGGCGGAAGGAGGAGCAGACACCGUCUUGGGGCGCACGCCGCCAGCGGAACUUCGUGGCGCACUGGAGCGCCUCCGCGCCGAGGUGGCAGCCGAGGAGGAUACACGGCGGCAACGAGUUACUGAGGUACGCAGUCGUACGCAGGAGGAGCGUGCGCGACUGGAGCGCGAGUGUCUUCGUGAACGUGAGAAGCAGCGGCAAAUAUGUCAGGCAAAGCAGACGCAGCGCAUGACCCACAAGGCAGCAAUGGAGGCGGAGCGGAUCGAAAAGGAGGCGGCACGAAUGGCACAGCUUCAUGAAAAACUGGAGAUGAGACGACAAGCCAAGUGUGAUGCUCACCGAGCCGCACACGAAGCUGAGCGACAGCGCAGCAACGAAGUCUUGCUGCGAACCCAAGACGGCGCCUCAAUGGAACGCAAGCGGUGGUUGCAGUACGAUGCAGGGCUGGUGCGACGCGCAGAAUGUGCCCAGCUGAGGGUUCUCAAGGAGGCUCAGCAGUGCGCGUAG